GCCGCCAUCUUUUAGUUUCAGAUUUGUUGUCGCGUUGAAAGCGACUGAGGGAAAGUUUCGUCAAAUUUGGUGUCGUUACCAACGACAGGGAGAGCUUUGCUCCCUUUUGAGUGAUCCUUUAGGUUUUUCCAACCCAACUAGCCCUUAUUGCAAGUUUUCAAUCGCGGAUUAACUUUUUUAUCGUGUUGUGAUUGUUACCAUGGCCCUCUGAAAAUGUCGAGCCCUCAACUUUUUGUUGUCCCUCCAUGCGGAGAGUCUAUCUCCCACUUAUCCACUGUAGAUGUUAGAAGAAUUAAACAUGGACAAGAACAUUCUCAAUCGUGUUGCUCAACCUUUAGCCAAAGGGAGCAGCUCUGAUUCGAGAAAAAGCCAAGAUGGUAGCAAAUCAUUUCCUCGGGGCUCCAAACGCCGGGAGCCUCAGGGCCCCAGCACCUCGAAGUUUGACCAGAAUCGGAAACCCAUUACUCAGAAGACCAAGUCGCUGGACAAAAGACCUCGCUCCAGGGGAUUCAAUAAUGGUCGAAAGACGUGUUCCGAGGUAGCAGAUGAAUUCGAUGGGGCCGAAUACGGUUCUGUGGUAAAACGUGAAAGUAAAAAACACAACUUGAACCAUUUGCUGAACUUCCAUUAUGCCCCAAGGCCCGGUGAGCAAUGGGGCGGAUUUGGCAACAGUUCAAGGCAACAACAUUACGGACACAUGACAACACGGGACUUGAUGGCGACUCACAAGCAUAAGUACAACAAGGAGCAGUUUCUUCAAGCCAAUUGUCAAUUUGUUGUACGUGCUGAUGGCGAGUACUCUGUAUAUUUGGCUGAUCCUGAUGCUCUUGUGGAUUGGGAAUUUGUCGAACAAAUCAGAAUGCCAAUUACUGGUGAAGUGAACUGUCCCAUAUGCCUUUUCCACCCAGUCGCAGCUAAAAUGACUCGAUGUGGACACAUUUUCUGUUGGUCCUGUAUUCUGCACUAUCUUGCUUUGUCCGACAAAACUUGGCGCAAAUGUCCCAUCUGUUAUGAAGCAGUCCAUAAAGGAGAUCUGAAAAGCGUUGUUGCCGUGCCAAGAUCAUUCUGUGCUGUUGGUGAGCCAAUAACUUUGAAGUUGAUGAAACGUGAAAAAGGUGUGAUGCAGUGUGUUCCUGUCUCUCAGUUUGAUGCUUACGAUUUUGGAAAACCCCUGUCGGUCUCGGAAGGGUUAUUGGACACCAUCUAUGCCAAACUCUUGGUCGCUGGCAAUGAUGAGGUUUUGAAUAUAGUUGAAACUGAGGAAAAGCAACUUAUAAAUCAACUGAAAGAAGAUGAAGGAUGUCCCGAGAUCUGUUUCGUCGAGCAGGCUCUUAAUGCUGUAAGAGAGAGGAAAGCUGCAGUUUUGAAAGUGCUGGGAAGAAAUACUGAAACUGUUGUUACCGCUGAGGAAAAGAAUGUAGAAGAAAAUGUGAUGGAUGACAACCAAUCCAAUUCAGCCAGGAAGACGCAAACAAUAGACUAUUGGAACUCGGACACAGAAGCAGAUGUUAAUGAAAACAUUAAAGAUUCAGCUAAUGAAUCGGAGCCAGUCGACAUCCCAGGCACCGAAGAACCAGAAAAUCGCACCAGAUACGAAAGCACUAGCAGCGAAGGUGGUGAAGAAAAUGCUAAUAGUUUCAAAGACAGCUUCAGACCAGAAGAUUUGGAGUUCCAUGCCACCCCUGUUAUCAACAAUCAGAACUCCAAAUACUACUACUUUUAUCAAGCCUCAGAUGGUCAGCAAGUUUACUUGCAUGCACUUAACACUCGCAUGUUGGAAAUGCAUUAUGGCUCUCUGGAAAACUGCCCUGAAAGGAUUACUGGACGGGUUUUGGAAAAAGAGUCUGGCUCAAUGACAGAAGAGUUGCGGAAACGGUUGCGUUAUUUACAACAUCUGCCGGUAACUUGCCAAUUCGAUGUUGUGGAAAUUGAACUUGGGGAACUGGUGUCUCCAGCAGUCAUGGAAAGUUUUAGAGAUCAAAUUGACGGAAGAGAACGUCGUCGUUGCAAGCGAGCUAAAGAGGAACGCAGGCGUGAAAGGAAAAUUGAAGCUGAUGAGAAGAAAAUGUAUGGCCAGUUUGUUGAACCAAGACGACGUAUCCGUUUGGAUUCAUAUCAGCAUUUUCCAGAAUGUGGCUUAAAUGAGGCCUUUCCAGCACCUCCUGGGUCUGAUACCUCAUUGGGAGGAACAUCUGAUUCUUUUUCAUCUUUGGCAGCAGGCAUGGCAUCCGCCUCUCUGGAUGAAUCAGGAGAUCCCAGCUCAUUAUCUUUUGCGCAGAUGUUACGAGAUGGAAAAAGUUUUCCUGCUGUCACAAAAGCUACCAGUGCUUGGCCAUCCAUCGGUAAACAGAAUCAGAAUCGUCGUGUGGUAGAAGAUUUUCCAGCAAUCAGCUCCUCACCACCUUUGAAGCAGUCGACUACCAGUGAAAGUCACACUCUCAGUCAGUCACUGGCACAAAACUUUCAUGGAGCAUCAGAUGCGGAUGGAGGUACCUCAGGCGGUAAAAAGAAGAAGAAGAAACAAGUUUUGUUUUCUUUGGGAAUCUAGUUAUAAGAAAUAAUUAUGUUGUUUAGCUAGGAAGACUAGGAAAAAUGUCUCUAUUCCCUUUUUGCGAAUUUUUUGUAUUGUUGGAUAUAGUCCAAAAUCAUUUAAAUGUGUCCCGGCCAUUGUUUAAAUUAAUUUUUCAACACCUAUGGAAAGAGAAUUUUUGAAAAAUUCAAAGUUCGCUGCUCUGCUACAGUGUAUUAGUCCUGCAUUAGUGAAUUAAAAAAUAAUAAUAAUUUAUUCUUCAAUGGGCUGCCUCAGUGAAAUUUGUAUCCUUUAGUAAAAAAAAAAAAAAAAAGGCGAAGGCAAAUUCCGAAGGUUUUUUCCCAAUUCAUAAAUUUGUAAAAAGUUUAAUAAAUUUUUGCUUUAAGUCACUCUAAAUUAAUGAAAAUUCCAAUGAAGAGUUCCAAAAAAGAAAAAGCUGUGGUAGUUUGAGCCACCACAGCUCAAAAUUCUGCAUGAUAGUAAAUUACUUUGUUACUACCUCCGAUUCAUCUCAAGAUUGAGUAAGUUUCGCUGUUGGUUUAAAACAUCAUGUUGGUGUUUCGAAAUUUUUAUUGAAUUAAAAUGAUGAGAACUUCUCUCAUAUUGGGAUAUUUUUAGCAUUGACAAUUUGUAGGCUGUACUGCUAGCUCAUCUUGUGCAUGGUACACAAUAUUGUAAUGUGCAUCUCGAAGCUGUGAGAAAUUCAUUUCUUCUUUCACUGGCUCAAGUCAGUCAAUUUUGAAACUUUACAAGACUCUGUGAUUUUUAUGUAAUUAAACCGUGGGUACUGUUUGUUGUGAUCCAGGUUUAUUGUGGUUCCAUAAAUUGCAUAGACUAAAAAUUUAAUUGUAUUUAGGACUUUUAAGUUCAUAAAGUAUUGUUGAGUAUUCCUUCGUAAGAAUUUUGUAUAUUCUAGUCCCUCUUUCUGAUCUUAAAACUCAACAUUUUCCUGCAGCUUGGAGACCGUCCGUGAAUUUCUCUUAAGUGAACAGAACGGUAUCAGUGAUUACGUCACUGAUUUUUCUGUUGUCAUGAUUCAACCAUCAUACUUACUACAUACUAGAGAUGCAAGGUAUUUGCAAGCCAUUUGGUUUUUUCUUGUGCUCUAAAUGUGAAACAAAUCACCCGGACUUAAAAUUGUAAUCUUCGUUUUAACAACUUUAAUUUUAAUUUCAUUGAGAAACCCUUAAUUGCACUCCUCAUACCUGUACCUUACACUCAGACAGGACAAUGUGAACAGUCUUUUCAUUGAAAAUUUGCCAAGAGUUUGUUUCAAUUUAAUGAGGGCAUCAGAAUUAAGAGACUUUGGCGUUAAUUUAUGGAACUCAAAGCUGGUAUCAGAUAUGUUAAACAAAUUAUUGAGCAAAUGAAAUAACUCAUAUCGCAGUUUAGAAGAUUUUUGUUUUGUCUUUUUUAUCUGCCUGCCUUCAGCCAAGAACAUAGUUUUAAUCGAUCACAACUGCCAACCAAUCAAUAACUUUAAUGUUGCAUUUACAAAAGCCGGCAACAGAUUAAUUCCUUCCAUUGUCACAAAAGUAACACUAUUUCAGGACUGACAAUUUCUAUUAAGUAUGUAUCUUCCUUUUGAUAAAUAUUCUCUUUUUCCUGCCUCCUUUUAUUUUCUCCUUUAUAUUUUGUCAUUCUACUUUCUUUUAAAAAGAAAAAGGAACAUAGCAGUUAAAACCAUCCCUCUUAGAAUUAUAUUCUCUGAAUUUUCCAUAUAAUGACAAUUGGGCAUAUUGGUUUUCCUACAGCCUGUAAGUUCUUUAGUUUUUUCCUGUUUUCACCAGAAUUCUAUCACUGAUUUAUUUCACCUUUAAGUGGUUAAUAAUUUAUUGUUUUUCUGUUGAUAUAGCAGAUUAAGUAAAUAACAUUUUCAUUUUAUAAUUCUCUGUUAUUUCUACUCUAUUUUUCUGUUUUGUUUCCUAUUUAUUGACCUAUUGUAUUAUCAUAACUUUAUUUUUUUCCUCAAGCAAUAAAGUUUGCAUGUCUCUAAGCUCAUGCAAUGAUAAAAGAGAAAAAGAAACAAAAUAUUUUUUGUUAGAAAGUCUAAGAUCAAUAUCUUACUGCUGAGUAUGAAUUGUGACUGAACUCUCAAAUCUUGAUUAAUUUAUGAUUAAAGCAGUCGUUAAGCACUAAA